AUGGCAUGUAAUAACAGCAAUAAUAAAAACCAUCUUAAUAAUGAUUAUUAUAAUAACAUUAUAGAAAGAAAUAAUGUUCUAUUUUAUAAAGUUUUUAAUAAUAUUUAUAUUAGAAAAAAAAUAGUAUCAUUCAUUUUAUACAACAACAAUAAUAAUAUUAUAUAUCAAAGUUUAAAUGACACAACUUCAUUGGAAUCAUUAUUUUAUCACGAAAAAUAUGAUAUCAUCAUCUAUAAAUUAGAAACCAACAAAAAUAUUCACAUUAGCGAGGAUUUCGUUAGAUUCCUAUUACAAUUUAAAAAUACUCCGAUCAAAAACAAUUACAACAACAUUCUAUUCGAACCCUUUGACCAACUAUCCACCCCCAACUCCAAAAAUGUUUCACUAAACGAUCUAAAUAAUUAUUUAAUAACCCUUUAUAAUAAAAAAUUUAAUAACCCAAAGAUUAAAAAAAUAAUUCAAUUAUUAAUAGAAAAACAUAAUCAUAUUUUUCAAUCAUUUAAUCUCUCUGAUUUUUUUAUAGAAGAUAAAAAUAUAUUUAAAAUACUAUUUAAUCAUAAUAAUAACAGCAAUGAUAACAAUAAAAAUGAUAAUGAUAAUAAUAAUAAUAAUAAUAAUAAUAGAAUAGAUAAAUCCUAUAGACUUUUUAGUAUAUUUGACUAUUCACUAGAAACAAAUAAAAGUAUCAAAUUACUAGAAUACAUCAAAAACAAUUUAAAUCAAAUAACUGAACCCAGUAAAGAAGAAGAUAUUUACGAUGAAACAAAAAUUAAAAAUUCAAUAUAUUCCUCAAAUGAUAAUCAAAUACCAGUAUUCACAGAGAAUAGAUUAUUAUUUUUUAAAUAUUUUAAUGUAAAUAAAAAAAAAUUCAAAUUCAUUAAGGAUCAACUUGGUGUAAAUUUCAGUUCAUUACCCAGCAAAUAUAAAUCACUCUACCCAUUCACCCAAAAAACAAGAAUGGGUUUUUACAAAAAUACCCCAAACAUGUACAAUCAACAACUAACAGAUAACACCCUAGAAGAGAUCAUAAAUCCCUCACAAUUUAUAAUCAAUGAUAUCGACUAUAUAAUACUUACAGUACUUAUUGCUUUAAACCAAAAGGCAACAAUAUAUUUCGACCACCUAUUCUCUUACGAAUCUCUGUCUGGUAAAUGUAUAGUCUCUCUCUUGUGUGAUGGCCACUGGACACAUCUAUUUAGAAUUGUUAUACUUUAUUUCGGUGAAAAGGUAUUUUCUUGGCUUUUGGAUAAAUAUCCUCAAUUCAAAUCAAAUUAUUAUAGAAUUGUAGAACAUGAAACCGACUCUGAUUUUUUUUGGUCUAUUUUUGGUCGCCACCCUUUAACCAAUAAGAUAAAUCAAGAUGGAAUCAAAUUAUUUUUAAAAUACUCAAAGACCAUUUCGCUGCUAGAGGAAGAUGAUGAUACCAAAAUCCAACUUAAAGAUUACUUACCAAUUAUCAAUUACCUUUUUAGCAACUCUGAAAAUAAAUAUCCACUUUCAACUAUUUUAUAUAAAAUGUAUAAUCAAAUUCAGUUUUUAAAAACCGAUACAUUAAUUAAAGUCUAUGAAAAACUUGAUCAAAAUUCAAUUAAAUUGUUUUUUAGUCAUGGUGAAAACAAAACAACUAAUCAGUUUUAUUUUAACAUAUCAAAUUUAUUUAUAUAUAGAUUAUUAAAAUCAAUAAAUAAGAAAGAUUAUACAACAAUAAUUAAAAUUAUAAAUUACAAUAACAAUAACAAUAACAAUAAUAAUAAUAAUAAUAAUAAUAAUAAUAAUAAUAAUAAUAAUAAAAAUAAUAAUUUAAUAAAUAUACUAAAAUCACUAAAUAGUAAUGAAGAUAUUAUCAAAUAUUUAUAUUUAAAUCAUUAUUUAAAUCAAUUUAAUAUUGAAUGUUUCCUAUCAAGAGCACUGUCACAAAUUAAUUUAGAUAAAUUUUUAGUUUGUUGUAUGGUCCCUGAUACAUUAAAGAAAUAUUACGAAGAACAACUAUAUAUUUCAAUUACCCUAAAGUAUCAAGAUGAAGAAAUAAUCAAUAAAGAAGAAACUCGAGAAACUCAAAACUCUUUAUAUUUUUUACAAAAAUCCAUAUGUCAUGUCAAACGAUUCUUAAGAUGUCCACAUAAUUUUGGUCUCUAA